CUGGAUCAGAUUGGGAAAUACGGAAUAAACUCCGCCCAGGCCGGAGCGACGCUUGCUUCGCCUUAUAAUAAAUGGUGCGGGUCCACUCUAUUUCAACGCAUUCUACCGCGAGCCUUCCUUAUCCAAUCACAUCCUUCAGAAAUAACCUCUCAGCCAAUGAGGCUUUAGUUCUCGUUUCGCGGGUUGACGACCGGAAGAAGUAACAUGGAUGCAGAAAUGGCAGACACAGAAAGCGGCCAGAAACCGAGUGGAAGUGGGGUAAAGACGGACACCCACGUCGGGGAGUCCUCGUCGAAAAGCUCCGGGAGCUCUUACGAGCUUCCCUGGGUGGAGAAAUAUCGCCCGCUGAAGCUGAGUGAGAUCGUAGGGAACGAGGAGACGGUGAGCCGUCUGGAGGUGUUCGCCAGGGAGGGAAACGUCCCGAACAUCAUCAUCGCAGGUCCUCCGGGCACAGGAAAGACCACCAGCAUCUUGUGUUUGGCCCGAGCUCUGCUGGGAGCUGCGAUGAAAGAGGCCGUGUUGGAGCUGAAUGCCUCAAACGACAGGGGGAUCGACGUGGUGAGGAACAAGAUCAAGAUGUUUGCUCAGCAGAAAGUCACGCUGCCCAAAGGUCGACACAAGGUCAUCAUCCUGGACGAAGCGGACAGCAUGACAGAUGGAGCUCAGCAGGCACUGAGGAGGAUAAUGGAGAUCUACUCCAAGACAACACGCUUCGCUCUCGCUUGCAACGCCUCCGACAAGAUUAUCGAGCCGAUCCAGUCUCGCUGCGCUGUGCUGCGGUACUCAAAACUGACGGACGGACAGAUCCUGGCCCGGCUGCAGGAGGUGGUGGAGAAGGAGCGCCUGUCCGUGUCUGAUGACGGGCUGGAGGCAGUCAUCUUUACGGCACAGGGCGAUAUGAGACAGGCGCUAAACAACUUGCAGUCCACCAACGCUGGCUUCGGGUACAUCAACAGCGAUAACGUGUUUAAGGUGUGCGAUGAGCCCCACCCCCUACUGGUGAAAAGCAUGCUGGGACAUUGUGUGGACGGGGACAUCGACUCGGCCUACAAAGUGGUAGAGCAGCUGUGGGCGCUGGGCUACUCUCCAGAGGACAUUAUCGGGAACAUCUUCAGGGUCUGCAAGACCUACCAGAUGGCAGAGUACCUCAAACUGGAGUUCAUCAAGGAGAUCGGCUUCACUCACAUGCGGGUGGCUGAAGGUGUGAACUCACUGCUGCAGAUGGCUGGUCUGCUGGGACGACUGUGCAGUAAGACGGCGCCCCCUGCUGCCAGCUGAAGAACAUGAACCCAACAGAACAAUGGCUGAUUGAGGUGGUUGUGAUCCAGCUGUGAUCAGAGCAGCUGUGGAUCAUCUGACUGUAACAAACUAUGAUGUUUAAGCUUCAAGGACUUAAAUUCACCUGCAGGAUGAGCUUAUUUUGACCUUCAGGGAUUCUGAACCACCUGGAGAUCCUGAAAGGUUCCUUCAAAGUUUUUCCACCUUCUCUGUAAACCAGACAUGCGGCUGCUUAGUUUAGAUGAUCAGUUCUUGCAUCUCCUCUGCUCUCCUUUAUAAUAAACUGUUAAACCUGCUUUAA